ACGGUCAUCGCCAAUCCGAAAGCUCGCCGCGCUGAACUCAAAUCUGUUUGAAAGCGCGUGUUGUGCUUGAAUGUGAGGACAAUUGUUCUUCAAAUUUAGUUUUUAAACUGAAAUAUUAACACUUGUCCUACCUGACUCAUCGAAGGAGACGUAAAUAACUGGAAGAUAAUCUUUGAAGAGCUGUCCUUGAUAGAUGCACAGAAUGGAGUCAGUGGUGAGAAAGAGCAACAAGGAAAACACUAAACCAGCAUGUGGCCUGAAAAAACAAGUCAUCAGCAGUAUUGUACCAAAACAGAAAGUGCUAAGUAAAUCUGCACCCCUUCAGUCAAAGAAUGAUCUUAAGGAGGAUAACUCUGGAACAAGAGAGAAGGAAAAGGAUGUUAGACCGAAGACCAAACCUAAUGCUGAUCCUACCAAGCGUAACACACUAAGCCAGGCCUUCCGUACACAGCAGACUGUAAGACACAAGAAACUUGUGGAAGAAGUUCAAAAACCACCCUCUACUGUGUCUGCUGUCCAGAAAUCCAAACCUGGCACGUAUAAGGGUCGUGUAGUACAGUCUAAAAUCGACUGUUUCAGAAAGCCCAGUGCUGAUGUGAAGCCCACAGAAAAGAAAGUGAUUUCAAAACCUGAAUUGCCUAAAAUUCGGUCCAAGUCUGUUACCUCCCUGCCGGCGUCCACUAAACCCAGAGUUAACUCUGCUUUGUCAUCUAGACUGAAAUCUGUCUCUGAUGUCCAGCUGAAUGUUACUGAAAAACCAGUCCAGAAGUCUGUUUCCCAUAGACGGAUUCCUCAAAAGGUCCAAGGUACUGUCUCCCAAGCAGGUGCUUGUGUUCCUCCCCGGUCAGCUCCUUUAGCUACAGGGCGCUCUGCCAUCAGCAAACCAAUCAUUUCAAAGAAGAAAGAGAUGACGGUACAGGUGGAGAAACCCAUAACAGCCAUCACUGAACAGAAAGUCCGCAGGCCUGUCACAAGUACAGUCAGCCAGUACAAAGUGCAAAUAGAGACGGCUGAAGAGAGAAGAGCAAAGCUUGCAGACUGGCUGGCAUCUAAGGGUAAGGCUUUGAAAAGGCCUCCAAUCUCAGAAAAGUCAACAACCUUUACACGAAACCCAAAACCAGCUCCGCAGCCUAAAACUGAACCCAAAGCCACAAUUAGUAUCCAAUCUGAGCCUAUCAUCCAUACUGAGGCUGUAAAACCAACCGCUGCAUUGAAGACUGACAACCAAACUAAUGAUAUUGAAGUCCCUGAUAAUAAAACAGCGUGUUCUAAGAGAUCAAGCAGUAUUAUGAAUACCACACUAGACUUGCUGGACAACAGUGAUAUGGACUUGCCAGUCGACCCAGAGAUAAGGAUGGAGUCGUUGGUGUUGAACUUGUGUGAGAAAUUGGAGGCAAUGGAGACGCCCUCAUUAUGUGAAGAUGGUGUAAAUGUUGACAAAGCUGACGUGGUGGCAGAGAAAAGAACGGAAGUGAAAGUGGAGGAGCAGGAAACAGAUGAAGUGUUUGAAAUUCUGAAAGAGGAGGAACUGGGAGAUGAGGUAGACUCAGAGAGCGACAUUACAGAAGACACUAAGAAGGCAGUCAUAAAGAAUGAGGAUGAUAAUCAGGAACCUGAGAAGAAGCCAUUUGCAAGUGAUGAUGAUGCUGAUGACAGUGAUGAGGAGAUGACCACUCCAGAGAUGCCAGGGGCAUCCGUUGUGAAAUACAAUGUGAAAACCACUCCAUAUCUGCAAAGCGUGAAAAAGAUAAUCGAUUGCGAAACGGCACCAGGCAGUGGCUCGCGACGCAAAAGCACCAUCAAAGAUCUCAAGUUUCUGACGCCUGUGCGGCGCUCAACUCGAAUCCAACGUAAGUCCUCUCGUCUGCCAGGUAUGCUGAACGACCACGAUACUUGCGUCUCCUCAUUGGCUGAGCUGGUGCAGAUGGAAGAUGCAGAUGCUAAUGCGUACAUCUACAGAAAAAACCCAGCACUACUGGAAGACCUGCCUGAUCAGCCUGAAGACUUUGCAAAAGUAUGCAGUUAAGCAGUAUAAGCUGAUGCUGAUGUCACUUUUAAAUUGGACAUUUAUAGCAUGCGUAACACCUACGUUUAAAGUAUUCUAUGUGACACUAUUAAAAUAUUUUAAUAUUUAAGUGUUGUUUGCAUUGGGCUGUUAACUAGAGUAAUCUCUUCACUGCAAUGACUUAACAGCUUAUGGGCGAUAAUUUGAUUUAUAGGCACUAUUAUAAAAAGUUCUCUUCUGUGCUAACAAGGCUAAUGCAGUGUGUGUGUAUAUAUAAAAGAGCUUUUGUAUUAUAUAAAAUUUUAACACAACACUGCUUUGUUCAUUUUAUGAACCUGGAAGUUAAAAAAAUGACGUGGAUGUAAAAAGUAGGAUUUGUUUUGUUGUUGAUUUGUUUAAAAAAAUGAACAAACCAAAGAAUGUGUUGUUUUUCUCACUGUAAUUUCUCUUGAAGAUUUUAUAAUGCUGUCACUUUUGCAGUUGGUACUGUUCAGUUCAUUUUCUUCUUUUGUGUACUUGUGUAUUCUCAACUUUUCUCUACAGUAAAGUCAUUUAAUUAACUUGGCUAAUUUUCUACAGAGGAUUUCAUUCAUCCUUUACUUGUGACCAUGUCUUUUUAAAGACAAGAUGAGCAUUCACUGUAUUUUUGCCAUAAUUUUAAUCACUGAACUGGUGACUGUAAGACUUCUUAAUAAAGAAAAUAUCCGUGCAAUAUAAAUAUCAGU